AUGAUCCAGGUAGUUGAUGGGUUUUCUAAUCGAUUUUCGAUUGAACAGAAUGCCGAAGAGGCCGCCGAGCUCAAGAAGAAGAGAACGUUCAGAAAGUUCUCGUACAGAGGCAUCGAUCUCGACCAACUGCUUGACAUCCCUUCGAACGAGCUCCUCACAAUCCUCCAUGCCCGCGCCCGCCGCCGAUUCAACCGCGGCCUGAAGCGCCGCCCGAUGGGCCUGAUCAAGAAACUGCGCAAGGCCAAGCAGAACGCCAAACCCAACGAGAAGCCCGACCUGGUCAAGACCCAUCUGCGGGACAUGAUCAUCGUGCCCGAGAUGAUUGGCAGCGUCAUCGGCAUCUACAGCGGCAAGGAGUUCAACCAGGUGGAAAUCAAGCCCGAGAUGGUCGGCCACUACCUGGGCGAGUUCUCGAUCAGUUACAAGCCCGUCAAGCACGGUCGACCCGGUAUCGGUGCCACACACUCUUCGCGGUUCAUCCCCUUGAAGUAG